GCGCUUAUGCGGGACCGUGGAGGAGCCGGAGUCGCUGCCGCUGCCGUUGUCUGAGCCACGAUCACCGCCAGCGUUGCCUGGGAUGACGGAGGAUCGGGCCGCUGCUGCAGCGAAGAAGAAUUCCAGCUGUCCCAGUAUUGAGCAAAUGCUGGCCUCAAAUCCUGGGAAGACACCAAUUAGUUUACUACAAGAGUAUGGAACAAGGAUUGGAAAGACACCGGUGUAUGACCUGCUGAAAGCUGAGGGCCAGGCCCACCAACCCAAUUUCACUUUCCGAGUGACAGUCGGAGAUAUUAACUGCACAGGUCAGGGGCCUAGCAAAAAGGCAGCAAAGCACAAGGCAGCAGAAGCUGCCCUGAAAUUACUAAAGGGAGGAAACAUGUUGGAGCCUAUGUUGGAUGGAGUCAAAAUCUCUGGAAAUGAAUCGAAAAGCUCCAGCUCCGCGCAGUUGGCGGAAUGUAACCCCGUGGGAGCUCUACAGGAGCUAGUGGUUCAGAAAGGAUGGAGACUCCCAGAAUAUACAGUGACUCAGGAAUCGGGUCCUGCCCACAGGAAAGAGUUCACCAUGACCUGCAGGGUAGAGAGAUUCCUGGAGAUAGGAAGUGGGACCUCAAAAAAGCUGGCAAAACGCAAUGCUGCUGCCAAGAUGUUAGCAAGGAUCCAUGACGUUCCAGUGGAUCAGAGGGAUGGGAAUGAAGUGGAGUUGGAAGAUGACCAGUUUUCCAUAAUGCUUAGCAGCAAACUGGAUUGUCCAAGAGGCAAGAACACGGGUUGCACAUGGGAUUCGCUCCGGAAUUCUGUUGGAGAAAGGAUUAUGCACCUCAAGAGCCAUCCACUCGGUGUGGUCAACUCCAACUUUUGCCAGAUGCUGAGGGAGUUGGCAGAAGAGCAGCGGUUUGAUGUUAGUUACUUGGACAUCGAAGAGUUGAGUUUGAGUGGUUUGUACCAAUGUCUUGUGGAGUUAUCCACGCAGCCCACCACCGUCUGCCAUGGCUCUGCCUCAAUGAGGGAUUGUGCUCGUGCCAAUGCAGCUCACAAUGCACUGCAGUAUCUGAAAAUAAUGGCUGGAGGAAAAUGAGUCUGAUGCUGAAUCAUGUCGUUCUUCAUCUGACCAGCACUAUUUUCUUUUGCUCCCGACUGAAGUAUUUUUUUAAAAUCAACAACUUGAAUCUCACAAGACAUGCACUUGACUGAAAGUUCCGUGCUGCUCAGUCUGCCUACCAGGUGCCUUUUUAAAUUUUAGGAAAGAGAAGUGCGGUCCGGGAGAAGAAAGGGAUCUGAAGGCUUCUUGUAAGGAAUUGCAUAAUUAUAACGUGUUCUCCCACACGGGCCACCCACAGACAGGUCUUUAGUUCUUUGGUGGGCCAACCUGCCGUUAUCAUUGGGGAACACAUUAUAUCCCAUGGGUUUCCCAAAACUGGUACUAAGAAACCCAGCGUGGUUGUAAGUAGCACCCUGGGCCUAUUUACAGUAGUUCUAGUAGAAUUGCUUCAGUAAUGUUGGCAUCUGCUGUGAUUCUUUUUAUCCAAUUUUCCCUCAAAAUGUAAUGUGUUUUAAGGGACCAAACUUAGGGCAUUCACCUGUAAUGAUUGUCAAGAUCGGUAAUCAGCCACAUUGCACACGGGACAUUGUUGUGUCAACAUGUCGUCUUUGAGUCCUACGCCACAGAUUCAGGCCAUUAGGCCCACCGUGUCCUUGGCAACCAUCAAGUACCCCGUCUCUACUAAUCCCAUUUACCAGCAGCACUUGGUCCGUAUGCCUGUGUGUGUGUGUGUGUGUGUGUGUCCCAUCACUUUGUGGCAUUGUGUGCCUGUGGAUUUCUCGAGUGUACCAAGGCAUGAUCUUGACUAGGGUUGCCUGGGCGUUGGGAAGCUGCUGAUUGCUCCUUUCAAAGAAAGGCUCUGGCCGAUCUCUAUGAGAGGUUUCCUAUCUGCUGCUAUCCUAUCUGGACAUGAUGCAGCAUUUUCAGCAAAUAAUUGUGCAGCUGUGUGGUGGUGGGAGGUUAGGAUAAGCUACAGAGAUAAAUAUGAUUUUUUUAAAUUCUGUUAAGUAUUAUGAUGCUUAUUUGAAAUGUUAUUUAUCAUUUUUGGAACUUUUGAGUCCAAUGACCGGCUUAAUUAAAGGAUGUGCACUACUAAGUGACCACAUACGUCACACCAUACUUCAGUGAAAGUCAUUGUUCCAUACUGCACAAAUGGCAGCUUGCAGAUGAACCAAUUUAUACUUGUGUUCCACACCAGGACCUUAUCAGUAGCUCGCUUGAUGAUCCUGCCAUAUUUCUGUUGAUAGAAUCGUGUAUUAGAAAAGCACCCUUAACAAGUGCCCACCAUCAUUGGACUUUGCAGCUGUCUAUAGUGAAUAUAGACCUUUUUACUUCAAAUACAGAAGAAAGAGGCUCCUCCAGUUAAAGCAAAGGAAAAAAGAAAUUGGAAAUUCUAUAGCACUUUCGUGACUUCAGGACUUUCAUACCUCAACAUGGUACUUUUAAAGUGUUAUAAAGUAGAAAAUGGCCUGUGAAUAAUGAUGCAGUGUGAUACUAGAUCAGGUACAUCGAGUGUCUCCCAUUCCUUCUAUCCAGAGACGCUGCCUCUUCCGCUGAGUUACUCCGGUAUUUGUGUCUCAAGGCUGAUGCUUGGCUUGUAUCGCAAAACAGUGAGUUUAAUGACUAUCGAGUGCCCUUUGUACAGCGUGUGAAUAUUGGGCAAGGAAAGGAUCUGUUGCCGCCUGUCCAUGCAAAGCUUACUGGUACCUGCUGUCAAAGCAUGCGUGGUGUGAUUUGUCACUUUGGUAAGGCACUGUCUCAAUACCUUUGGAAAGGCCGUUUUACAUCGGGGAGGCGGCGGUGAACAGGUAGAGAGAGUGAUCGAGAGAUUUGGAAGGGAGAUGUACUCGCACAGUAUGAACCUCUGCCGUUUCACACCUCGGGCCCAGAGCUGAUAAGGCUAGAGUUCCUGUUACUUGCUGUGAGGGUACUAAAUGACAACCAAUGUGGGUCCAUAGCACAAAACAGUUAGACUCACUUAAGGCUGUUACGGCUUCAACCUUGGGAGGGAAAAUCAAAAGUGGUGCACUAAAUUGUUCCUCAAAGUUUUGUUUGAAGGCACAUUGAGUCGAGAAUUGUUUGGUCAGUUGCCUGUUGUAAAUGCAUUCAGAAACAAAAUCAUGUUGAUGCAGUUGCUGUGUGGACCAAUUCUGGGAUAGGUGCUGGGAUAGGGCGGAGGAAGAGCCUCUCUGGUGCUGGCUGAGCCGCACUUUGGGAUAAAUUGUCCCUGACCACACAAUGAGUGCACAAUUCACCCAGCAAAUGUGAUUCUAGGCGAAGCAUUAUACAGAUGCUAUGCGCGGAUUUUUUUUUUAUGGUAAGGAAAAUUGUGUUUCAAUUGAAAUUGCUGUGUUGAAUUUAAUGUUUUAAGUUUAUAUAAUCUCUUUAACUAUGAACUGAAGUAAUGUGAUUUUUUUCCCCCCAUAAAUUACAUACUUUGUACUCUGC